AUACCCACAGCUUCAAUGGCGGAUCGGUCCGAGGAAGAAGAGGCUUUCUUAUUCGCCAUGGAGCUAGCUUCUGCUUCUGUGCUCCCCAUGGUACUCAAAUCCGCCAUAGAGCUGGAUCUCCUCGAGCUCAUUAAAAAAGCUGGUCCAGGAGCUUCUGUUUCUCCCUCCCAACUCGCAGCUCAACUUCCAACCAAAAACCCCGACGCAGCCACCAUGAUAGAUAGGAUGCUCCGCCUCCUUGCCGCAUACUCCGUCGUCCGCUGCAGCCUGAAACCGCUUCCAGACGGCGGCGUGGAGCGGCUCUACUCUCUUGCGCCGGUCUGCAAGUUCCUGACCAGGAAUGAGGAUGGGGUUUCCCUGGCCCCGUUUGCGCUCUUGAUUCAGGACAAGGUUUUGAUGGAGUCAUGGUAAGUGAUGUGUAGCUAU